AAUCUUUAUCCCAAUGCCGAAAAAUAAAUUUAUAACGAAAUUAUACGAUAUUUUAGGUUUUCCAAUACCUGAAAAAUUCAAUUGAUGAAAAUUUCGGUGCGCCAUUUAAAAUAAAAAAAAAAAAAUAAAAAAACUAUUCCCCCUCCUAGUAGCAGCCGUGUAAAUGAAAAUUAAACAGAGCAACAAGUAUCACGUAAAUUUUCCAUCAGCUGGUGUACCGUAGCUCGGGGAAAUCGGUUGAAUUUUCGCCGAAGGAGUGGGCAUUUACCCGCAAUUUCGCCGUACAAUUUUUUCCCAAUAAACCGCGGUAAAAAGAAAUGUUGGAUUUAACCGUUGCAAUAACUAAGUAACUCGUACGUCUAUUUCGAGUGUAUCUAAUUCUGUCCCGGGUGAUGGCAUACGAGAGAACUCUGAGGAAAAAGCGUUUCAGCAUCUCCAGGUCGAGCGCAGUCGCUCAUAAACUGCGGCACAGCCCAAAUCCCAAUCGUUUAAUAAAACAUCAUCAACUGCCACUGGCUUCCACCAUCCAAUAAACCACCAGCCGGUUCCGUGUAUUUCGCUCCAUCAUGUCGGAAAAUCAAGGGUUGACAGGCAACAGUCAGAGAAAUGAUGAUGAAAAUCGGGUAGAUACGGAAAAUCGUGUAGUUCUAUCGCAGGACGGAAACGAUGAGAAACCAACUGAAGAUAUUCAAGUCGAAUCACCAGAAGAAACGAUGCUCGAAAAUAUCUCCGAAAAAUUACCAGAGUCGCGUGACGACGAGAAAGCUGUCGUCAAGUCACCACCUCUGGAAGAGCCGAGAAGACAACCCGGUGAGUGCAGAUUAUUGCCUGUAUUAGUAGAUUUGCGCUCGAGCCUCGAGACAAAUUCCAAUACCACAUGUCCACCGCUCCCACGUGGAAAUGACUUAUCACCGACGACCGACGGUGCACUCGACCUAAAUUACUUCCAAGACUUGUGCACCACAGACUUGAAGACAGCACUCUCGAGACUAGAGGAGACUCUCAAACGAGUGGAUAUCAACGCCCUGACAAAAUACACCUCAACAUUAGAGCCAUCGGACAAAUUCCACUUGCUCCAGCUGAUCUCCACCCUCGUCUCAAACCUCAAGAGAGCAAAAGCCGAUGAAGACGACGAUCAAUCUCGCCCAUCACCCCCAUCCCCAGUGCCACCCUCCCGUCGACCAAGAAGACGAGUGAAUCGUCACACAAUUGGAGUGAGUACCGAGGAAUUGGCAAGUGCCAGGAGAUGGUUGGAGCAAGAGCGAGGACCAGCAGCUGUAAAAAUCACCCCGAAGCCGCUGCCAGAUGUGCCACUCCCGGAACCAGCUAGUGCCUCUGAAAGCCUCGACAGAGUACCAGAAUGGACGGAUAUGAACAUCCCGAGAACUUGCGACAAGCACAUAAAAGACGCCAUAAACCAGAAGCAGUCCCUCCAGCACAAGAUCAAAGAGAACGAUUCAGUCAAUAUUCCCCUGCCCUCUCUACCCUCUCUACCCUCAGACUGUGAGCCCUCCCCCUGGGAGAAUCCCCUGGACCCGAGUCCUGAUCCCGACAGACUACCCUACCCCUUCUGCAACGGCAAAUCCAACAAAUACUCAGUGAAAAAAUCAAAAAUCAAACGUGCAAAUACCAUUGACAUCCCCAACUACCUGAAGAUGCAGGCGGAGAAGCAGAAACAGGGAUCUGGCCUGAGAAGACCCAUCGACAUCAGCGACAAGAUCUCCUGGAAUCAAUUCUGCGGUCCUCAAUCCAUGAAUCCAUCACCAGCGAUUCCAUCAUUUCAACCUAAAACCGAGAACGACAAGAAAUUUCUGGCCCUCAUCACCAGGAACAACGAGCCCAGGGAAACAUGGAAGAGUAUUCCACCCCUCCAGCCAUCCAGUGCACCCUUCAAGAGCUUUAAUUAUCGACAGAUUAAUUCUGGGGCGGAUAAAAAUUGGAAGAGUCGUUUUUCGAACAUCAAGACAGCAUUUGACAAGCCCCAGUCGAGUCCAUCCUCGGUAUCGUCGUCACCCGCGUCCUCUGGGCCGUUUGCAUCCAGAAGGAAUUCCAAGGAGCUCGGAUUUUUCAAACACGAAGAGGAAACCCCGAAAUUCGAGAUGAGAAGCUUUCCCGAGAGUGGAGAGAGAGUGGCAAUGGCCUCGAGGAGAUUCUCAGGUGUUGGUAAAAUCGAGAAUAUCCUGGAGAACAGGAGUCCCCAGGGGAGAAAUCCAGCGUUCACUCAUGCAGUUGGUUCGCCCUUCAAGAAAUUUCCUUCGUCGAGGAACGAGGGCUCUCUCAAUGUGGAGAAGCCGGUCCCGUCCAAUUAUCUUCCAGCUUGUGCCAGUGGAGGUCUUCUCAAGGCUAAAGUCAGGAUGUUCGAUCAACCUUCACCGCAGGUGCCACAGGUGCCGCAGAGGCUCAUCAAUAACUCUGUCCCCCAGAGUAAUCAGAGAGCUUCGAACCUCGGCAAUCAAACUCGACAGUUCAAGCACGGCGAUCUCCUCCUGGAGAAGAUCAACCGGAAUAACAAGAGCCAACAGUUUUACGAAGACUUUCGAACAAAUGGCAUUCAGACUCAUCGAGAGGUUCAGGUUGACGUACCCCAGAGGCUCCACGAUAACGUGAAUCAGAAUUAUCAGAGUGUCGCUGUUCAGACGAGUGCCAGGUCGACCCCCAAGCCCGUAACGCCUGAAACCGAGGUGUUUCCAGUCCAGAGUUUUUGCAAGCCAGUGUUUUAUGAAUCAGAGAAUCCUAUCUACAUCCCACCGGGUGUAAAUUAUCACGAGAAUGGGAGGAAUCACCCCCAGGGCGAGGAUGAGGUGCUCCAGGUGCUGCCCCCAGUCACCCUGAGCAAUCAGCAUAACGUUGAAAAUGAGGAUACAACGCCGGAUAAAGUAAUAACGAGGUAUGCAGCAGCGAUAGGAACAGUUGCAAGUUGUCAAGCCCCUGAGUCCCAGGAGUGCCAACAAAAAAAUAGACCAGCACCUCUGAUCCUUCAGGACGACAUGCACCAUAUUUUGCAACACAAACCGAUGACUCUAGCUCCAGGACAGCCGAUAAUUCUCCAGGAUGACGUCCAGAGACACAAUCAGCUGCAGUUGAGUCUGAUAAAGAGGAUGCAGGGGGCAGAGCCCUCGGAGCCUCUCAUCGAGAUCAAUAAUACUCAGGACAAGAUAAAUAUUUUCGAGGAGAAAUCCCACCCACUCCCCAAAAUCAAUGUUAUCAGUCCCACGAGGACGAUGCCCCUCUCUCUCCCGGGUACCCCCAAGUCCUCGAUUAUUCCCAUUGACUCGAGUGAUGAGUAUUUAGUCUCGUGUUCGAGUCAUCCUAAUCGGUCCAUCGUACUGUCCAAGUCCGAGUCCUGGCACCAGCUUGCUCUUGCCAAACCCCUUCAGCAUCUCCAGGUACCACCACCCCACAAGCCACCGAAAUCCAGCUCUCCCCUGUCCCAGAGGCACUCCAAAAAUUUCGAAACUGGAAGCAAUCCCAAUCUCAAGAGGAUGGAGGAAAAAGUCCAGAGGUACUUCAAUAAUUCUCGUGGAUCCAGUGGCAGUUUGGAGUAUCACCAGUCAUGUGGAAAACGUGAGACCAGGAGAUCAUUCUCCCCGAAGAAGAUGCCCAAUUCUUUAGCGAGAAGUCAUACGAUGCCGCAUCUCUUUGAUGACAAUGACGUCGAUAAAGCCUUCGACAGCCUCUUCGAGGAGACAACCAAGGACAAUCGAUAUUAAUUCGAUUUUUUGGAUAGAAAAAAUGUCGUGAAAAUUUGUAAUUUUUUAUUUUUAUCGAAGAGAAAAUUCAAGAUCUAAUCUGGUAUUUUAUUGUGAUGAGAGGAUGUAGAGGAAAAUUACGAGAGGAUUUAAUAAAUAAUUUGAUGUAAA